AUGUACGUGGUGAAGAGAGAUAGGCGUCAAGAAUCCGUCCACUUCGACAAGAUCACGGCGAGACUGAAGAAGCUGAGUUAUGGGCUCAGCGUUGAGCAUUGCGAUCCCGUGUUCGUGGCCCAGAAGGUUUGUGCUGGUGUCUACAAGGGCGUCACUACUAGUCAGCUCGAUGAAUUGGCCGCUGAGACCGCCGCUGCGAUGACUGCUAAUCAUCCUGAUUAUGCUUGUUUGGCUGCAAAGAUUGUUGUUUCAAAUCUGCACAAGAAUACUAAGAAAUCAUUUUCAGAGACGGUCAAAGACAUGCACAACCAUGUCAGUGAGAGAUCUGGACAGAAGGCACCUCUGAUUGCUGAUGACGUAUAUGAAAUUAUUAUGGAGAAUGCUGCUCGAUUGGACGGUGAGAUUAUUUAUGAUCGGGAUUUUGACUAUGAUUACUUUGGUUUCAAAACCCUUGAGAGAUCCUACCUUUUGAAGGUCCAAGGGAAGGUUGUGGAAAGGCCACAGCACAUGUUGAUGAGGGUUGCAGUUGGAAUUCACAAAGUUGAUAUUGAAUCUGUCAUCAGGACAUACCAUUUGAUGUCUCAACGAUGGUUCACUCAUGCCUCUCGUACUCUUUUCAAUUCCGGAACUCCAAGGCCUCAAUUAAGUAGCUGUUUCCUGGUGUGCAUGAAAGAGGAUAGUAUUGAAGGAAUAUAUGAGACUCUCAAGGAGUGUGCUGUUAUCAGCAAAUCAGCUGGAGGAAUUGGUGUCUCUGUUCAUAACAUCUGUGCUACUGGCAGCUAUAUCCGUGGAACAAAUGGGACAUCCAAUGGCAUUGUUCCAAUGCUGCGAGUGUUCAAUGACACUGCCUGCUAUGUUGAUCAAGGGGGUGGCAAGAGGAAGGGUGCUUUUGCUGUGUACCUAGAGCCAUGGCAUGCUGAUAUUUUUUAG